AUGAGGGACAGCGAAAAAGGACCCGUUAUCGGCAUGCGACACAUGCAGGCCCUCCUCUUAUUCUUGGCCAUCGUCGUGAACUACACAGCCCGGCUCAGCGUUAGCGUGGCAAUAGUUGCUAUGACGGAUGCGGCCACCACCAACUUGGACUUUCCGGAGUACAACUGGAAUGGUGUGCAGCAAUCAUACAUUCUGUCCAGCUUCUACUGGGGAUACAUCGUCACUCAAUUUCCCGCCGGUUUCCUCGUUCGCCGCUUCGGGGCUAAGGCGGUGCUGCUCGUCCCCACGCUGGCUACGGCCGUCCUGAGCGGUCUCACACCGUCUUGCGUGGCCUGGGGUGGAUGGCAGGCUUUUUGCACCAUCCGGAUUGUGGAGGGUCUUUUUCAAGGUCUAAUCUUUCCGUGCAUACAUGAGCACCUGGCCAAGUGGUCUCCGCCAGAGGAUCGAAACCGGCUGGGCGCCUUUGCGUACUCCGGAGCCGACUGCGGAUCAGUGCUGGCCAUGGCUAGCAGCGGUCUUAUUGCGAAUGGCUCCAUGGGCUGGCCUGGAAUCUUCUACGUGUCGGCGGGCACUUGCGGGCUGUGGUGCCUACUGUGGGUGCUGCUCGGCGCUAACAACGCGCCCAGUUCGCGGCUAAUCGGUUCCCGGGAGCGGGAGCACAUCGAGCGCUCUAUGAAGCGGCAGGAUGGCUUUCACGCUCAGAAGAUUCCAAUCCCGUGGCGGGCCAUCUGGUCAUCCAGUCCCUUCUACGCACUAUUGGUGGUACGGAGCGCUCAGGGCUGGGCCAACUCCACCAUGCAGCUGCAGACACCCUCCUACAUGCACGGCGUCCUAGAGAUGGACAUCAAAAGCAACGCUCUCUACUCGGCCCUGCCCUUCCUGGCCAUGUGGGGUAUGUCCUAUGUGUAUCUGGUCUUCGCAGAUGUGGCCAUGUCGAGGCAAUGGAUGUCCCUAACCACGCUGCGCAAGUCAAUUAACACCGUUUCCUACUGGGGACCUGCGGCGGCCCUUAUUGGGAUUGGCUUUCUGGAUAAGAGCCAGACAACUCUGGCCAUCGCACUGAUGACAAUCAACGCUGGCCUAAAUGCCGGCUCUGGGAUUGGCAGCAUCCUGACCAUUAUCGACAUGUCCCCAAACCAUUCUGGAAUGCUAAUGGCCAUCGUGAAUGGCAUUGGCAACAUCUUUCCGCUUCUAACGCCCCUCUUAGUGGGAGUCAUUGUCACUGAAUCGGACUCACGAAGCCAGUGGCAGAUUGUGUUUGCCAUGACCGCUGUGGUUUUUUUCAUCGGCAACCUGGUGUACCUGAUUUGGGGCACCACCGAUCAGCAGGCGUGGGAUGCCGAAGACUAUUUGCAGGCGAAGGACACGGAGAGCGAGCCCAAUGCCCAUCAAAUGGAGUUCCAGUCAAGGACGGAUUCAGAGGCAAAGGCGGAAGUAAAAGCAGAAUGAUUCGCGAAUGGAAUUCCGGGAUCGUGCCAGAAGCCACAAGGAAGUGCGAAAUGAAAAUCUGAUCUAUCUGGCAAGCGCUGUCUAAAUGCAUAUUGGGCGUCGUAGAGUAUGCCAUUUUAAUUAAAAAUUCUUAAAACGUUUC